CCGCCUCCCCCCGGCGGCGGUUCGGCCAUGCAGCCGGACUUCUCCCUGGCCGAUUGCGACGUGAUGGGUUUCGACCUGGACCACACGCUCUGCCGGUACCAGCUCCCGCAGAGCGCUCGGUUAAUAUAUGAUAGUUUUGCCCACUAUCUGGUAACGGAGAAGGGUUAUGAUGAAGACCUACUGACGCUAGCUCCAGACAGCUUAGACUUCUGUUGUAAAGGCUUGGUGUUGGACACUGAAGAAGGAAACUUCCUGAAACUUGCAGAAGAUGGAACAGUUUUAAGGGCAAGCCAUGGUACAAAGAGCAUGACAUCCGAAGAGAUCCUGGAGACGUAUGGAAGGAGGGAGUGGAAGCAUUUUAAUACAGUCAGUGGAAUGGUUUCCCGCACAGCUAAAUACUAUUUGUAUGAUAAUUAUUUUGACCUGCCGGGAGCUCUCUUGUGUGCCAGGGUUGUGGACAGCUUAGAUCAGCAUGAUGGUCAGAAAAAAUAUGACUUCUGGAAGGACAUGGUGGCUGCUAUCCAGCAUAAUUAUAAAAUAACAGCUUUUAAAGAAGACUGUGGGAUGUAUUUCCCAGAAGUGAAAAAACAUCCAGACAAAUAUUUACAAAGAUGUCCCGAGUCUGUAAAAAAGUGGCUGAAACAACUGAAGAGUGCUGGGAAGAUUCUGCUAUUAAUUACUAGUUCUCACAGUGACUAUUGCAGGCUCCUGUGUGAACAUAUUAUUGGGAAUGAUUUUGAAGAAUAUUUUGACGUUGUGAUCACAAAUGCUUUGAAACCUGGUUUCUUCUCCCAUACUCCAAACCAAAGACCUUUCCGAACCCUUGAGAAUGACGAGGAGCAGGAGGCUCUGCUAUCGCUGGACAAGCCCGGCUGGUAUUCCCAAGGCAACGCUAUCCAGCUUUAUGAACUACUGAAGAAGAUGACUGGCAAGCUGGAUCCCAAGGUUGUUUAUUUUGGUGACAGCAUGCACUCAGAUAUUUUCCCAGCACAUCACUAUAGCAACUGGGAAACUGUCUUCAUCCUAGAGGAACUUCUAGGGGACAAAGUUACGGUGCCUGCGGAGACUGAAUCUGAGCCCUUGGAGAAGAAAGGAAAAUAUGAGGGAGAUCAGCCCCAAGCUCCAUACUUUGUGUCUAAACAGUGGGGCUCUUUCUUCAUGGACAGAUUGCCAGGCCUGGAAAAUGCAGAGGAAACCUUAGUUUGCACGUGGUCCUGUAAAUGCAUUAGCACUUACAGCACUAUUGCAAUCCCUACUCUUGAAGCAAUAGCAGAUUUACCACUGGAUUAUAGAUUUACACGAUUUUCCUCAAAUAGCUCAGCAACUGCCGGGUACUACCCAAGCCCUCCAAGAGCACUGCUGCCAAAUGAGGAGUCAGUGACUAUGAAAUAGGUUGUCAGCUUUUUCCUUAAAUAAUCCUAUGGCCCUUACUUAAACUGCUAUCAAAUGCUAAUUGGUGAAAAUGCUGUGUGAUGCUUCAUAAAAUAGAAUGAUGGAUUAAAGCAGACUCCUGUGCAGACUUGUGUUUCACUUGUUGCUCUAGUCCAGCUGGAACAGGUGAGCAAAUGCAUCCUUCUCUCUCAAUCUUCUGACCGCUACUACCUUUUGCAAAGUGCUGUUGGCUUUUUCCAUGCACUGCCCAAAGCCUUCAGGAGAAAUGUGCUAGUAAUAACUCAUCCCAAGUUACAUUCUACAUUUUCAAGGACAUUUUCGGGACUGUCCCUAUUUAAGGUGAUGCUGUAAGCCCCAGGAAGGACAUGAACGAGACCCUCAGCCAUAUUUCAUUAAGAGUUAGCUUGGAGAGCCCAGGUUGUCGCCAUACAUCAGUGUUUUGCAGGCUCUGAGGAAUUUAUUCUCUUACUGUAACUAUUCUUGGAGAUACGGAAAGACCGAGGCCCAAAGAGAAAGAUGCAUCAUACCCACAAAGAGACUUGAAUGGGAUUUAGGCAACGAAAUGCAGACUGACAGUCCUGAAAGCCUCUGUCACACGCUUCCUGUUCUUGAAAGUGCCUAACCGCUAUUCAACAGCAAGGUUCCCUACAUGCCUUUUCCUCCUUUAGUCUUCAAUACCUCAGGAGGCAGAGCUCUUCCGCAGAAGGAGGGAAACCUGCGUACAGUUCCCUUCUCAGCCUGAGUGGAUUCAAACCCGCAUCCUCCACCUCCCUGGGCAAUUCUUCCAAGAGUAGGAAGGACAUAGCACCUAGCCAUC